UACGUAUAUUUAUGUGGCAGCAUAUGUAGUCAAAAUACUAGCAGUAAGGAAACAUAUUCAUUUGUUUUGUUUCAAGUCACAUUCGGAAUACAAUGCAUAUGGAAUUGCUGUUAACUGCCUUUCUUCUCGUUUUUGUACAAAGCUAUGGCAAGGAAAUAAACAAAGAGAAAUGUGUCAGGGAAGUAGCCGACCAAGUGGCUAAUCUUAUCACAGAAACUACGAGUCAAUGCAUCGCGUCCCCUUCCAAAGGUUUAGGCGCCCGACCUUCCGACUGUGGUGAAAUGAGAAAAUCAGAAAACAAAAGUGGAGUCUAUAAAAUUUAUCCGGACGGAACUUCCGGUUUCAAUGUCUUUUGUGAUAUGAAGAGUUUUGGAGGUGGUUGGACGUUAUUCCAACGAAGAACCAAUGGUUUUGUUGGCUUUUACAGAGACUGGGAGUCGUAUAAAAAUGGCUUUGGGAAUUUUGAAGGAGAUUUCUGGUUAGGGAAUGAGUAUUUGAGCAAACUGACAGAACAGGGAUAUUACAUAUUGCGAAUAGACAUGUGGGACUUUGAAAAUAACCACCGAUAUGCCAUCUACAACACUUUUGUUGUUAAGAACGAAAGGUCAGGGUACAAGCUGGAAGUAGCUGGUUACACUGGAAAUGCAGGGAAUUCAUUAGGCGUUCAUAAUGGAUAUAGAUUUUCUACAAGGGAUAGAGAUAAUGAUGUUUACGGCGGUAACUGUUCUGAAAUGUAUAAGGGAGGAUGGUGGUAUAGUGGUUGUUAUGCCUCCAAUCUUAACGGGAGGUAUCUAAAGGGUACUAAUACUAUUGGUGUCACCUGGAAGCAUUGGAAAGGAUACAGCUCAUUGAAGGCGACACGUAUGAUGAUACGGCGAGCCUAGUAUAAAAUAAUCAAUAAAACGUAAUACUUUGA